AUGAGGAUUAUGGUGGAUGCCACGUAUAUAGACGGGUGUGCUUACAGAUGCUCUUCUAAGGCAUGCAAAUCAAAGGCAAGCCUAAAGAAGGGGUCUAAAAUGGCCUUCCUGAAUAUAAAAUUUGUAAAAAUUCUUGGGGGAAUGUAUUGCUGGGUAUAUGAUUAUAUCUUAGCACAGACCAUUGAUUUCUGCGAUUGUUCGGAGACUACCUAUAUUAAAAUCAAAGAUUUGAUUUUGCAAGUAAUUUCUGAAUAA